UUCAGUGGAAAGCAGAAACAAAGUUGACGUUUCAGCUGAGUUUUCCAGAGGGCGUGGAGCCUCCUGUUGGCCCUCUGCAGCUAGCCUUCCUUGUCUUUUACCACGGGAGAAAGGAAGGGGCAUCUCCUGGCCCCAGAGAGAGGUUCCUCGUGGGAGGGGAAGGCCUCCAACAGAAGCAGCUGAUCUGUCUCUCCAGGAUAACACGGUUCCUCGUCCUCAAGGGUUCGCCAAUGGCAGGCAAACGCAUCCCGGGCCAGCUGAGUUUUCAAGUUUCGUUGACCAUCAGGCGUCUCAGCGUGAGGGAGGUGGCGCUUUCUCCUCGGGAGGCACAAGAUUUACUUUUCAACUUUGAUGAAAAAUGUUUCACCCGCAUGACCCCGUCUGUGCUGCUGGUGGCCAAACAGAGGAUUGAUGGGACAGCUGUUGACUCCUCUUCCUUCCUGGCUGCCAAAGGGGUGCUGGACACAGCCCCGUAUCUCAAGCCCAGUCUGGAGUUGAGCUGUAAAUCCCCAUGUCCCACGUGGAGGCUGGCUUCCACUCUGCCGGGCAUGGUGGCCCCCUGCGACCAUUUUGCUCAGCAACAACCAUGGAUCAGCUUGCCAGCUUCUGGCUCGGCCAAAGCGCCGCCUGUCAACGCCACAGCCCGCCACUGGAAUGUCUCGGCACCAGUACCUACCCUCAGCACUGGACAGUUCUUAGAGGCCCUCUCUCAGUUUGUCAAUCAGGUAUUAUGGCCCUUAGGGAAACCGCCUCCCACUGCCAGGCCACGCCUCCAGUUAGACUUGGACACGGUGGAGGCCCUCCCGCACUGGUCCCUUAACCUGUCGGAGGAGGUAGCCUUGGAGUGGCUGGUCCAGUCUGAGGACCACUUGAUGCUGCUGUUCCCCGAGGACAGCCAGGCCUUGAUGGAGCAAGAUCUGGGCCAAUGGUACUUGGAGGGGAGGUUGUUACGGCAACUGCUGGAGAAACUGAGCUCGGUCAUCCAAGAACUGAAGGGCAUCCCGUCCUUCCAAGUAAACAUCGGCCUCUUCCAUAAACUCCUCGCGUCCUGCUAUUACCCUGCUGGGGCUGCUCCAGGGAUGGAUGGUGGCGACUCCAUGGCAGCAGAUCGGCAGGAGGGUGCGAGUCGUCUGAGAAAACUCCACAGCCUCUUGCUGCUGAAAGCACUGCAGGCCAUGCGGGGUCACUGGCGGGAGUCGAAGAAGGUGCUCCGGGCCAACCGCAGCACCCAGCCUCAAGAGGAUUACUGUCGGCUGAGAGAGCUCAGGAUAGAUCUGGUCUCUACGGACUACAUCAUCUUCCCCGAAUGGUACAACGCCAACAACUGCGUCGGGCCUUGCCGAAGUCCGCUGUCCACCCGUACCCCCGACUUUUUCACUCACACUCUCUUCCUGCUGCGCAUGCACGAACAGGGCCGGCCACUGCAGCGUGCCCCUUGCUGCGUCCCCGUGAAAUACUCCCAAAGCGUCAUCGUAACUUUCACCAACGACAAAGGGCUGACGGUUAAGAGGUACCCUGAUAUGGUGGCGGAGGCGUGCGGCUGUCGGUAAAAAGGGGAUCCUCUCUAGCCACACCUCGCUUUCCAGGGAAGUGUGUCUGGCUCAGGGAUCAUAGGGGCUAUGAUGUAUUCUGUGCUAAAAGAAAACUAAAUUCUACUAUCUGCGUCAAUGUAUGCACAAUGAACAAAUCUGCCUGAUUUUUUGGGGGUAUUUUUGUGUUUUGUUAGACGGGGUGUGUGUGUGUGUGUUGCGCUGAAAUAGUAAAGGUGU